UACUACAUACAGACAUCUGUUCCGCUGUUUGGGUUUAACUUUGGGACGCAGGGCAAGAUGAGUAGUGGAGCGAACAAAAAAGGACCUUCGGGACCGUCGGCGGUUGUUGAAUGGGUCUCUACAGCGUUUCGAUUCGCAACAGACAGAAACGAUUUCCGAAGGAAUCUGCUGGUAAAUUUUGGGUUGUUUGCAGCCGGUGUUUGGGUCGCCAGGAAUCUGUCAGAUUUUGAUCUGAUGUCCCCUCAGCCUCCAGUUUAGUUCAGCACACAUAACCAGGAGGACUGCGUGCCGUGGAACAAAUGGAAUCAGCAAAAAAUCGGGAAAUAAUGUUCUUGCAUUAACGAUGAACAAAAACAAUAAAUAAUUAGACGUGGUUUUAGUAUUGUAACACUUGUUAUUGUAUGUCUCUGGAACUUAUCUUUAGUUCAACCAACAAUGAUUUAAUUUGCAUUUCUAUUAUUUGUUGAUUGGAUAUUUAAAAAUAAGUGGCUUUUUUUUAAAUAUUAAACAGUAUUGUUAAAACAUUCCUGUAUUGGUGGCGAAGCAUCUUUUAGCUUGAAAAAACAACUUCAUUUGAUAUGCGUAAUGUCUAAUGAAAGGCCUUUUUCUGUGGCUGCAUGCAAAUGGUUAUCUGUUGGAAAGAAGUCGAUUUGUGGGUCUCUGAGUAUAGAAUUAGGUGUUCAGGUCUUGGCUGUUGAUUUGGGCUUAAAACCAGCCCUGCUUUAUGACAUCAACUGUGCUACUGCAGAUCAAGUACAGCAGUACUUAUGUACACUGCAAUCUAACAGUUUGGUGUCCAAGUCUCUUAUCACGGUGGACAUUAAUGGCAAUGUCCUUAUUGUUAAUCCAGAUAUGAUGAUGGAACACCUCAAGCAGCUGCUUAUUAGUAGUUAUGUGUCGGUGAUUGAUGUCAGUCACACAUUGGAAAAGCCACAUAUUACCGAGCCGCUGAGCGGAGAUCUGAGGAGCAUGCUGCAAGAGUUAAUGUCAGUUUUACAAACACACGUACAGUCACCCAAUAAAGACCAGCCUCUCUUAGUGGGAGAUGAAGCUGGAAAGUGGAACUUGUGCACCCUCUUUGGGAUUCUACUGGGCUUUCCGUGUACGUACUGGUUUGAUCAGGGCAAAAGCUUUGAGAACUGCCUGGCAAUGACGCCUUUGAUGGUGUUUAAAGCUUCAGUUUCAUGGCAAACAGAAACUGCAGGACAUGCGUGUUGCCUUUAUUCCUUCAGCACCCCAGUUCUCCUGCACAACGAGACUCAGGCCAGCCUGGACCACUGGAGCCGGGGACUAACGGAAAGAUUUCAACAGCAAUCCCUUCUAAGUAAUCUUAGUAUAACGCAAUCUCGUGUUACGUUGCGUUCGGUCUGUCUUUAAAGCCACCACUGAUGUUACAGCUUUACUGAAAUUUAAACUAGGUUUACAGUCGUGAAUAAACAA